CAUCUUCUUCUUCUUCUUCCCCUCAACCUGUUGACUCCGUCUCUGAUCUUGAAAAGAUGGCUCGGAGGCGGUGGGAGGGGUCGGAUAAUGUCGGCUCGGCUAAUUCUUCACCUGCGAUGUCUCCUUCUCAUCGGAUGAGCAACAACGGAGGAGGAGGAAUCUCUGGCAGAAGCACGCUCCGGAAGCAAAACGCCGCCGAGCUACUCGCUAAAGUCAUGGAGCAGCGAGACUACGACUAUGAUUACGACGACGAAGACGAAGAUCUCUACCAGGUGCAUCUUCCGCCUCUCUCUCGGGAUCGAAGACGAGACGAUAAACGAAUCGGCAAGGGAACCGUCAGAGGUAAACCGGCUCCGGCGAAGAGACCGGUCUUAAUCCCGCCUAAGUUUGACGACGACGAAUCCGACGGUGAUGAACCGGUGAAGAUUCCUCAAAAGAACGUUAGAGUUCCGGCCACAAGAGCAACGGCGGUUAAAUUUGACGACGAAUCCGACGGUGAUGAACCGGUGAAGAUUCCUCAAAAGAACGUUAGAGUUCCGGCCACAAGAGCAACGGCGGUUAAAUUUGACGACGAAUCCGACGGUGAUGAACCGGUGAAGAUUCCUCAAAAGAACGUUAGAGUUUCGGCGGUUAGACCCGUACUACUCCCGCCCAAAUUUGACGAUGAAUCCGACGGUGACGAAGUCGCAGCCGAUUUGCCACGGAAUCAAGUGAAGAUUCCUGAAAAUAAUGCUAGUGUUCAGAAAGAAGCUCCGGCGGUGAAACCGAUCGCAUUAUCUCCGCCUAAGUUUGACGAUGAACUCGACGGAGACGAGAUCACAGCCAAUGUGGUCAAGAAUCAAGCGGGGGAGAUUCCUCAAAAGAACGCUAGUCCUGCACUCAGGGUUAGAGUUCCGGCGUAUUCGCGUCGGAAUCCGAUGGAGGAUUCUGAGCAGAACGGAGACCGGAAAGUCAAUGUUCAGUUUGACGUGCCGCCGGCGAAACAAUCGGAGGCUCAGUUAAAGUAUAAGAAAAGUUUCAGGUUUAGCUCUGCAGACAUUUUAGCACCGAAUCAGGAAGAAGAUGAUCGAGAAGCUUCGGCCUUACGUGAUGAACUAGAUAUGCUUCAAGAAGAAAAUGAUAAUAUACUGUAUAAGCUUCAACGAGCUGGAGAAAAACGCGAAGCAGCAGAAGCAAGGGCUAGGGAGCUAGAGAGACAGAUUGCUUCUCUAGGUGAAGGUGCAAAUUUUGACGUCAAACUCUUGAAGAGGAAAGAAGCAGCGUUGCGUCAAAGAGAGGCAGCAUUAAGGGCUGCUGAACAGAAAAGAGAUGGAAGACACAAGGAAACUGAUGCCUUUUGUGCAGAACUUCAGAGCUUGAAAGAGGAAACGGAGAAGGCCGUGGAACAGCUCCAGGAUGCUCAAGCUGAAACAAAGUCUCUUCGGACAAUGAUACAUAGAACGAUUUUGACUCAUGAAGAAAUGGAGGAAGUUGUUUUAAAGAGAUGCUGGCUUGCUCGCUACUGGGAACUAGCUGUUCAACACGGAAUUUAUAAGGAUAUAGCUCCAUCAAGACAUGAACAUUGGUCAGCUUUAGCUCCUCUUCCCUUUGAAGUUGUCAUUUCCGCGGCCCAAAAGCCUGAAGAUUCCUGGCAGACAGAUGGUAGCGAUCGCACUUGGAGCAAAGUCGUUAGUAAAUUCAGUGAUGCAAAUGGAGAAGGGAACAUAGAGAGUAUGCUUGCCGUUGAAACGGGUCUACGUGAGAUAGCAUCCUUGAAGGUUGAGGAUGCUAUAAUGCUUGUAUUUGCCGGGUUCAGACAAAAACAUGUGGUCCGACAAUCCGACACUGAUCCCAGGGUGCAAGGGGAGCCUAAGUUUGCUGAAGCAUUUGAGUUGAGUCACGAUGAGAAACAGGAUAUUCUCUUUAAAGAGGCAUGGCUGAUGUACUACUGGAAAAGAGCUAAAAUUCACAGCGUGGAGAGUGAUAUCGCGGAAGACCGUCUUAAGUUCUGGAUCAGCCGUAUCGCAGAACAGCCAACAUCACAUGAUGCAGUUGAUGUGGAACGAGGUAUGAGGGAGCUAAGGAAACUUGGAAUAGAACAACAAUUGUGGGAAGCAUCUCGCGCACAACUCACCGACUCCACUUUUCCUCUUUCCGUUUCUGACUACUGUGAUGAGUGACGAGUGACGAGUGACGACCGGCUCUAAUGUCCUCUCUGCAAAUUAUGACACACACACACACACACACAUAUACACACAAAGAUUAUCGUCAUCAUUAACAUCUGAUCACUGUUCCAAAGUGUAUAUGCUUUGCUUUCAGACUUGUUCCUCUUGUUGGGGCUAUCUUGAGCUUCAUGUUGUUACUUGUAUAACACUCUUCAUUAUCAUUCCUUACCCAAAAUCUAAUAAAAAUAUGGUUUGGUU